UGCCCCGACGCGCCAGUAGCUGUGCGCACUUCAUUGCGGUCCUCUUCCUGCUGUCCGUUUACUCCCUGGGCCCCGCUGGGCACCUGGGGAAGAGGGAAAGGCUUCCCAGGCCAGCUGCGCGGCGACUCCGGGAGCUCCGAGGCGCCCCUCUGCGGCCGACGCCAGGUGCAGGGGCCGCCGGGACUGGGGCCGGCGGGAGCCCGCGGGACCCUCCAGAGGCGCGGCCGGCGCCGUGACUCAGCACUGGGGCGGAGCUGGGCGGGACCACCCUUAUAAGGCUCGGAGGCCGCAAGGCCUGCGCUGGAGUUUCGUCGUCGCUGCCGCCGCGUGCGCCAUCAUGCCGCCCUACACCGUGGUCUACUUCCCAGUUCGAGGCCGCUGCGCGGCCCUGCGCAUGCUGCUGGCAGACCAGGGCCAAAGCUGGAAGGAGGAGGUGGUGACAAUGGAGACCUGGCAAGAGGGCUCUCUCAAAGCCUCCUGCCUGUAUGGGCAGCUCCCCAAGUUCCAGGACGGAGACCUCACCCUGUACCAGUCCAAUACCUUCCUGCGUCACCUGGGCCGCACUCUUGGGCUCUAUGGGAAGGACCAGCGGGAGGCAGCCCUGGUGGACAUGGUGAAUGACGGCGUGGAGGACCUCCGCUGCAAAUACGCCUCCCUCAUCUACACCAACUACGAGGCGGGCAAGGAUGACUAUGUGAAGGCACUGCCUGGGCAACUGAAGCCUUUUGAGACCCUGCUGUCCCAGAACCAGGGAGGCAAGACCUUCAUUGUGGGAGACCAGAUCUCCUUCGCUGACUACAACCUACUGGACUUGCUGCUGAUCCAUGAGGUCCUGGCCCCCGGCUGCCUGGAUGCGUUCCCCCUGCUCUCCGCAUAUGUGGCGCGCCUCAGUGCCCGGCCCAAGCUCAAGGCUUUCCUGGCCUCCCCUGAGCACGUGAACCUCCCCAUCAAUGGCAACGGGAAACAGUGAGGGCUGGGGGGACUCUGAGCGGGAGGCAGAGGCUGCUUGCCUCCCUUUCUCCAGGACCAAUACAGUUUCUAAGAAAGCU